AUGCCUUAUAAACGUUAUCCGCAUGAUUUCUAUCCACCAUUUGCGCCCGGUAUGAUGUAUAUCAUACCAUUAGAAGCAUUCCGGAAAAUAUGGCGAACAUUACCGAUAGUUAUAUGGUUAAGAUUAGAAGAUAUCUUUUAUACCGGUGUUGUUGCUGAAAUUGCAGGUGUUAAACGGAUUAAUAUCAAUUUCAUGUAUUCCGCAGAUAAUAUUCAGGUAUAA